UUGCGUUCACGUCAUUGUUCUGCGGCUUGUAUUUGGCGGGACGGCGUCGUCGGCCGCUGCCAUUAUCAGAAAGGGUUCCGUAGGUUGUCGGGUCCGUCGGAUUGGAUAAAUUCAAGUGCGACAAAACAAUGGCCGAUAAAGGCGAUGCAGAGACCUUCGACGAUGCGGUCGAGGAACGCGUGAUAAACGAAGAAUACAAAAUAUGGAAGAAAAACACGCCGUUCCUGUACGACCUCGUGAUGACCCACGCGUUAGAGUGGCCCUCGCUCACCGCGCAGUGGUUGCCGGACGUGACGAGGCCGGACGGCAAAGACCAUUCGAUACACCGUUUGAUCCUCGGAACUCACACGUCCGAUGAGCAGAACCACCUUUUGAUAGCCAGCGUUCAGCUCCCCAACGAAGACGCCCAAUUCGACGCCUCGCAUUACGACAACGAGAAAGGUGAAUUUGGGGGUUUCGGCUCUGUGUCCGGUAAGAUUGAGAUCGAGAUCAAGAUUAACCACGAGGGCGAAGUUAACCGGGCUCGGUACAUGCCUCAGAAUCCGUGCGUCAUCGCGACAAAGACCCCAUCGAGUGACGUUUUGGUCUUCGACUAUACAAAGCACCCGAGCAAGCCGGACCCGAACGGCGAGUGUCAUCCCGAUCUGAGACUGAGGGGCCAUCAGAAAGAAGGCUACGGGCUGUCGUGGAACCCCAACCUGAACGGGUACCUGCUGUCGGCGAGUGACGACCACACUAUCUGUCUAUGGGACAUAAACGCGACGCCCAAGGAGAACAGGAUCAUCGACGCCAAAACGAUAUUCACAGGCCACACCGCUGUGGUGGAGGACGUCGCGUGGCACCUUCUUCACGAGAGCCUGUUCGGUUCGGUCGCGGACGAUCAAAAGCUGAUGAUCUGGGACACCAGGUGCAACAACACGAGCAAACCGUCGCACACGGUCGACGCCCACACCGCCGAGGUCAAUUGCCUCAGCUUCAAUCCGUAUUCGGAGUUUAUCUUGGCGACCGGGUCCGCCGACAAAACUGUAGCGUUGUGGGACCUGCGCAACCUCAAACUGAAGCUGCACAGUUUCGAGUCGCACAAGGACGAGAUCUUUCAGGUGCAGUGGUCGCCGCACAACGAGACGAUCCUCGCUUCGUCCGGCACAGACCGCAGAUUGCACGUGUGGGACCUGAGCAAGAUCGGGGAGGAGCAGAGUCCCGAGGACGCCGAGGACGGCCCCCCGGAACUGUUGUUCAUCCACGGAGGCCACACUGCCAAAAUAUCCGAUUUCAGUUGGAACCCGAACGAACCGUGGGUGAUAUGCUCGGUGUCGGAGGAUAACAUAAUGCAGGUGUGGCAAAUGGCGGAGAACAUUUACAACGACGAGGAGCCGGAGCAGCAGCCCUGCGACAUGGAGGCGGCGGCCACAUAAUUCCCCAUUUCGUAUUAUUUUCGCAUUUUUUUUUUACAAUUGGCCGUUUUAUGUUUACAAACACUUUUAUUUCUGUACCGUGUAUUUUUGUUAAAUUUCGUACUUGUUGCUCCAAUAAACAAGUGUUUUUUUUGU